AUGGGGAAGCGAUCGGCAAAGAGCAGUGGCGGGGCUGGCAAGGCAAAGAAGGCGGCCAUUGAACAGCGGCGGGCGGCUGCUGAGGGUGCCGGAGGCUCGACCCCGAGCCCAGCAGGCGACAACAGUCUUGAACCUCCCCUGGACCGGCCUGUGCGCAUCUACGCUGAUGGCAUCUUCGACAUGUUCCACUUCGGGCACGCUCGCGCGCUCGAGCAGGCCAAGAAGCUCUUCCCAAACUCGUACCUGCUCGUGGGCUGCUGCAACGACGCGCUUACGCACUCGUACAAGGGGAAGACCGUGAUGACGGAGGAGGAGCGCUACGAGAGCCUCCGCCACUGCAAGUGGGUGGAUGAGGUUAUCCCCGAUGCCCCCUGGGUGAUCACCAAGGAGUUUCUGGACGCCCACAACAUUGACUACGUGGCGCACGACGACCUGCCCUACGCGGACGCCAGCGGCCAGGCCGACGACGUGUACGGGCCGGUCAAGGCCAUGGGCAAGUUCAAGGCGACGCAGCGCACCGACGGCGUGAGCACCAGCGACCUCAUCCUGCGCAUCCUCAGGGACUACAACGAGUACGUGCUCAGGAACCUCAGCAGGGGGUACAGCCGCAAGGACCUGGGGAUCAGCCUGGUGAAGGAGCAGCGCAUCAGGGCGCAGCACAACAUCCGCCAGCUCAGCAACCGCCUGCGGGAGCAGCGCCUGAAGGUCGCCGCGCGCAUCACCAAGCGCAUCGGCAUCAGCGGGCGCCCCCGCGGCGGCGGCGGCGGCGGCGGCGGCGCCGGCGGCGGCAGCGGCGGCGACGCGAGCGGGUCGGACUCGGACAACAGCGGCGGCCAGGUGCGGCGCUGA